UUUUUUUUGUCUCUUCUUGAUUAAGUUGAUAGUGUGUUCAAACACAUAGUUGGUAGUGUACUAGGUUGUAAUAAGAUGAGUUAUCUUGGUGUAGGUGUGAGCCCAGGUAAUGUUGCUGUGUACCACCAUGGGAGUAAUUUGAAGGUUAUUGACAAAAGAGUUAGGCUUACAGAAGUUGUACUAAGGUGUUUGAUUUGUGGUUUAGCUCUUCUUUCUGCUCUUCUUAUUGGUACAGAUGUUCAGGUUAAAGAGAUUUUCACUAUUCAGAAAAAAGCUCAGUUCACAAACAUGAAAGCCCUUGUAUUCUUGGUUGUGGCUAAUGGGAUAACUGCAGCUUACUCAUUAGCACAGGUUUUGAGGUGUGUGCUAAGUAUGAUUAGAGGAAGAGUGCUGUUUAACAAGCCUUUUGCUUGGGCGAUUUUCGCCGGUGAUCAGGUAAUGGCCUACUUGACCUUGGCGGCAGUGGCGGCAGCUGCACAGUCAGCGGUGCUGGCCAAGCUAGGUCAAACGGCGUUGCAAUGGAUGAGCAUUUGCAAUAUUUACGGCAAAUUUUGCAACCAAAUCGGUGAGGGUAUUGCCAGUGGACUGCUCGUGAGUCUUUCGAUGAUCGUUUUAUCGGCUAUUUCGGCUUUUAGUCUCUUCCGUUUGUACGGAGACAAUAAUCGAAAGAGCAACGGAAGAUGGUGAAAAAAGACAUGUUUUAUUUCAUAUUAAGUAGUUGUCCCAUGUACUAGUUUUGUUGUAAUUUUUUUUUUAUAGAGUUUUAUUGUAAUAAUAAUAACAUAAAUACUAGAAGUAUAAAUAAAAUAAGUAUUUGGAAAUUCCAAUUUCCAAAUACAUUUAUGGUUUCCAAAACCUAAAUAGUUCUUCAGGAACAUAACAAAUAAACGACGAGUAAACUGCAAAAAGUACGUCUGUGUAAUCUUCAAAUAGUAAAAAUUCCCCUAUGAUAAAUAAACUAGCAAAACCCCUCUGAUUGACUUUCGUGUGGCUCACUCGCUGAAUGUGCGGUCAAGAGUUGAUUUUU